GUUCCUCGAGGUGGUCGCCGUUCUGUAGUCGCUGUCUGCAUCACUCUCGUCCUGAGCAGGCAGGGUCACAUACCAUGCUAGCUGGGCCGCUACAGUCAGUUCAGUGAUCACUGACUGGUCCGUAUUCGCAGUGCGGGAGGUGCUGCGUCUAUAUAAGGCAGGUGAGCAAAACGGGAAGGAGUCGGCCGUUUGUCCGACCGUCUCCGUUCCGCUGAGCUCAUCGCGCAACUCUCCCUCCUCCCACCUCCUCCUCCUCGACGCUUGCGUCGCAUCCCCUCCCUUUCAUCCACCAUGCUGCAGGCCUCCAGACGAGUAGUAGUUCGACGUGUACCUCGCUCCGCGGUCGGUCGCUGGAAUCCUUCGCGAGGCCUCGCAACACCCGCCGAGCCCUAUGAUUGCGUCGUCAUUGGCUCAGGACCUGGUGGCUACGUCGCGGCCAUCAAGGCUGCACAACUUGGUCUGAAGACAGCAUGCAUUGAGAAGCGCGAAACACUCGGCGGCACAUGUCUUAAUAUCGGCUGCAUCCCCUCAAAGGCCAUGCUCAACAACUCGCAUAUCUACCACCAAACGCAGCACGACGUCGCACGGCGUGGCAUUGAUGUUUCCGGUGUCUCGCUGAACCUCCCCGUCAUGCUCAAGGCAAAGGAUGACGCGGUUACCUCGCUCACCCGCGGUAUCGAGACCCUCUUCAAAAUGAACAAGGUCGACUGGGUGAAGGGCACGGCCACCUUCGUUUCGCCAAACAAGAUCAGCGUCCAGCUGAACGACGGCGGCGAGACCGAGGUUGAGGCGAAGAACGUCAUCAUCGCAACCGGCUCGGACGUCGCGCCGUUCCCCGGCGGCAACAUCGAGAUCGACGAGGAGCAGAUCGUCUCGUCGACUGGUGCCCUUGGCCUCAAGGAGGUGCCGAAGAAGAUGGUUGUCAUUGGCGGUGGUGUCAUCGGUCUCGAGCUCGGGAGCGUUUGGAGUCGUCUCGGUGCGGAGGUCACGGUUGUCGAGUUCUUGGGUGCCAUCGGUGGUGCUGGCAUUGACGAGGAGAUUGCCAAGCAAUUCCAGCGCAUCCUCGGGAAGCAGGGCAUCAAGUUCAUGCUUAAUACCAAGGUUACCUCGGCUGAGAAGCGUGAUGGGAAGGUCUACAUCCAGACUGAGGGUGCCAAGGGCGGCCAGGAGGCAACCGUUGACGCAGAUGUCGUCCUCGUCUCGGUCGGCCGUGUCCCCGUCACUGCCGGCCUCGGCCUCGACAAGAUCGGUGUCGAGGUUGACCCGCGCGGCCGCAUCGUGAUCGACGACCAGUACAACACGUCCGUCGCGGGCGUGAAGUGCAUCGGCGACGUCACCUUUGGGCCCAUGCUCGCGCACAAGGCCGAGGAGGAGGGCAUCGCGGCGGUGGAAUACAUCAAGACGGGGCACGGGCACGUGAACUACCACGCGAUCCCGAGCGUCGUGUACACGCACCCGGAGGUGGCGUGGGUGGGGAAGACGGAGCAGGAGCUGAAGAAGGCGGGGGUGCAGUACAAGGUCGGGAAGUUCCCGUUCCAGGCGAACUCGCGCGCGAAGACGAACCUCGACACGGAGGGCCAGGUCAAGUUCAUCACGGAGGCGGAGACGGACCGCAUCCUCGGCGUGCACAUCAUCGGCCCGAACGCGGGCGAGAUGAUCGCGGAGGCGACGCUCGCGAUCGAGUAUGGCGCGAGCUCGGAGGACGUCGCGAGGACGUGCCAUGCGCACCCGACCCUCAGCGAGGCGUUCAAGGAGGCCGCCAUGUCGGCGUCCUCGAAGCCGAUCCACUUCGGGUAAAAGAUGUGCGAGAUGUGAUGGCGUUGUGUGGCGAUUGUCGUGUUUGUUGUGCUCUCUAAUACAUCUAUAGCAUCUCUAUUUCUCUCGCCAGAGAGACGUUGAGUGAGUGCAAACUUCAACGUUGUGAGAGAUUUCCAUAUCACUUUGCUCGUUGCACAGAUCGCUGCUAUGAGAUGGUGUUCGAGGAAGCUAGAUGCUGCUCGAAGAAACGAGGAAACGGAGAGAAACUCAUGUGACGUAGUGACGACCCUACAGUGACGCAACACACCGUCGUAUGUUUUCCAUGACAGUUCCGGACUGUUCGCUCAAGCGCCCGCGAGCGGUCCUCCCCAUGC